AUGUACAAUCAAUUCAGCCAGCCUUCUUUAUCAUCGGGUACUACCAAGAUGAAAAGGAUCCACCCUUUGGAUAUGCCAGAAAUCAUUACCUUGGUAGGACUUUGUCUCCCUCGUUGGAAAUACAGUGAUCGUCUAGGUUUUUACGACUUUAAUCCUACGAUCCUCCUUCGGUGUACACUCGUCAACAAGACCUGGCGCGAAGCCCUAUUGCCUGUGCUCUGGUAUGUCUAUGACGGGUUUGUGAUGCGAUCGAUUCCCAAACAGGUCAUCACCAAGAACAGUCGCUAUUUUCGCGUCUUCUUCUACGACCGCUCCUUCUCCGGUCCAUUCGAGUGUAGACACCUGAAGGCCCUUGCCAUUUCAUGGUGGGAUCAAUCGCUCCAGCCCUUGAUCGAGGCCAAUGCCGAAUCAUUAGAAAACUUGGUCUGGAAAGGCUCCUCCUCCACGUCGCCCGUUCUCAAUACAGUAUUACCUACUCCGGACUACGGUCUGUUAAUGAGGAUGUCCAACACACUGGAGGAACUCCAGCUCUCUCAUUGGACCCUCUCCGGCCGGACAUUUGUCCAGUUCCUGAGUGCCUGCAAGCGUCUAAAGCUGUUGAGCUUGACAGCCAUUGACUGGACCGAUCCCGCACCAUUUGAUCCAUCCUUCUCCAGUGUUUCUUCCCCCUCCUCCUCAACCUCGUCUUCGCCUCCAUGGUCACCCCUGUCCUCAUCAUCACUUCUGCCCUCUUCAUUCGCAGGAUCUCCUCAGCAUUAUUAUCCGAUAGGGAAUGGUGUAACUGAUCUGAGGUUGGAUAUAAGUGUAUUCAAAGAAGGGGCUUUUGUAGACUUGAUCCGAUCAUGCCUCAACCUGGUCAACUUUACACUCUACUCUGAGAGCGGUGAGGAUGCUCGGACUCUGACCCCCAUUCUCCGCAGGUACUGUCCCCGACUCUCCUCGAUCGAGUAUGUGCUACGGUUCUCAUCCUCUUUACGCGGCUACGAUUACAUGACAGAUGUCGAGUACGCAGAUCUGGUCCUCUCUGCUCAAAACCUUCAAUCACUCAAGAUCGAUAUCCCUUGGUUAGAUGACGCUCUAUCUUCUGCUCUGAUCAUGCAGUCCUCGACGUUGACCUCACUCAGUCUACGGUUCAAUGCUCGUCGAGAUACCCCCAUGAAGGAUACAGCCAAUAUUUGUAAGCUCUUGAGGCAUUGUAACCAGCUCAGGAACCUUUCUCUGUCCUUCAGUCCUCAUGCCUUGGGGCGAAACGAGACCCUACAACUAUUGACUGAGCCUUGGGCAUGUGUGGAUCUAGAAACAUUGGAGCUGACAGAUGUGACCAUGGCUAUGGAUCCCGCAACACCCGUUCAUGGCCCUCAAGCGCCACCAUUGCAGCCGUACCACUGGCAGUUGGCCUCUACCCCAAGGUCCAUGACGAUGCCCACUAUGACUGGACCUAUGCAUCUGCCUAUAGAUGGUAGUCCCAGUAGCCGUGGCGGAUCAGGUACUGCAGCGAGCGCGAUCACUGCAGGUGGCGCAGGAUUCCGCAACGGGUCUUUGACAAAGCAAAGACUGUUUGAACAAAUUCGCAGAUUGCCAAAACUGAAGAAACUAAGUCUAAAUCAUGUUACUUACAAUGUUGACACUACUACUGGCGCUACUGGCAACUCGAGUUAG